AUGGCGGCGCCGCCGAGCCGGUCGAGGCCUCCGGCGGGAUACAAUCCGCCGGCGAACGGUGUCCAACAGGUUGGCCCGAGUUUCCUCUCCAGGCCCAUGCAGAACCUCCAGAUUGGCCUCGCCCCGCCGUUGUCUGGUUCAAAUCCUCCGGGGCCUCGUGUCUCCUCCCCCCUUUCUGGUGCAGCGGUGGCUCCUUUUACUGUGGAGGUGCCGGUUCCCCGCCCCAGUCCACCCCUUGGACCGUCAGGGCCGCCGGCAAUGCUCUCCCAGGCCCGGCCUCCUCCCGGGGGUCGUCUUGGUGUAGCCGAGCCUCGAGGCGCUGUACAUGGUGCUCCGUUCACGACCAAUUCCCCUUUGGUGGCGGGAGAAAACGACCAGCAGAUUCAUCGGACGUCGAAUUUUCAGCAGCAGCAGCCCUUGGCCGGGUCUCCGAUGGAUACAGUUUCUCCUGCUCCUCCACGGGCGCAGGCUGUUGGAUCAUUUCCUGUUAGGACGCCGGGCAGUCCUCCCCCUGUGAUAUCACCGUCCCAGCCAAGCUCGGGCGGGUUUCUCGCGUCGCAUGCGUUAUCUCGUCCUCCAGCUACACAUCUACUUACUCGGCCAAUGACCCCUCAACCGCUCCGGACUGCUGUACCAGCUUCAUUGCCACACUCCGGUCCUCCUCAGGCAUCCCAGCCUUUCUCCAGUUCGUCGCAGCCGUUCUCCGGGAAUGCUGCAUCCCAACCCUCAGGAUUCCCGGGUCUACCCACUUCCCGCCAGUUUUCAGAUCUCUCAGGCUCUGUACCGUUCGCUCCCCAACCUCCGUCACGAUCCUUCUCAGCUCUCCUAGAAUCACCAUCUUUUUCUAGCACACCUGCAUCUCAGCAACCCUCAGACACUCCACAAGUAUUAUCUGGUCCUCCACUACCGGCUUCUCCGUAUGGGGCUGCAGUCUGGUCCUCGCAGGCGCACCAGGUAAUCUAAACUGGUAGGCGCGGUAUCUGUUCUUCUACUUUGAUUGUGGUUUAUGCCAUCCCAUGUGGGAUUCGCAACAUUGUGGUUCAGUGAUGUUGCCCAAGAACAUCUUGUUUCAUGCAGCCACCACCCAGAAUGUAUGGAAUGUCACGCCAUCCAACAAAUCCGGCAAGUCAGUUGUCAAACACGAUAGGCCAAUUGCCUUCUUCUGGGUCACAAGGAUCAUCGCCGUUGAUGAUUGAUCCGGAUCAAAUCCCGCAGCCAAUGCCAAGCUCCUCAGCGAUCCUGUUUGAGACAACUCCGGGAAGUUUGGCAAGCAUUCCACCAGUAAGCUUUUAAGCUUGUUUUUAACUAAAUCACAACAUGGUGGUUACUUACUGUAGCCGCGCGGGAGAAUAAAUAGGAACAACUAAUUUAAAUUUAAAGUUAAUGAUAUUUCCUACAAGUGAAUGCAUAUUUUUUCAUUGUGAAGCCUACAUCGUCCGACUUUAUUGUCAAGGACAAGGGAAACUGCAGUCCUCGUCUUAUGAGGUGCACUGUUAAUCAGGUGCAUGGCUUCUGUAUUGAUUUCUCUUCAUCUUUGUUACCGUCUUACAGAAUUGAUAUACUGUUCAAUCUUCUCUAGUUUAUUUCAUUUAAACUCCACUCUUAGUGCUUCGCAGUCAUUUUCUCAUAUGAUUUUCUUACGUCGAUGCCACAGAUUCCGUGCACUGGUGAAAUUCGUUUGGGAUCCAACAUGCCACUGGCUUUGAUAGUCCAACCUUUUGCUCUGUCUCAUCCAUCUGAGGAGCCCAUCCAAGUAAAAAAAGAAAAAGCUGUUUUAUAUUUUAUCUCCGCAUUUCCCUGUUUUCUGUCUAUUGUCCUGUGACUUACUUUUGCUUCAUUUUCUAUAUUCAUUCCCCCGCUAAAAAAAUAUAAUAUGACAACCUUGACAAGGUCCUGACUUUGAAUGGACUCUGUAUCAUUUUUUUUAGGAUUAAAAAACCAUUGAAGUAACUUGUAUGAACCAUUUUUAAAAGUUUUAUAUUCAGAUUAUACGGCCUUGAUGGAAAAAAUCUUCUAACCCGUGUUCUUCUUGAUGGUAGGAAACAUCCGAAUUCUUUAAAUUGUCAGAAUAGAUGACCAUUGUGACUGGCUAUUGCCAGAUAUAACUCGAAACAAUAAACACACAAAUAAAUUAUCUACAAAUGUUACACUGGUAAUAAUCCAGAUUCUAAAUGUGGGCUGAGAGUGCUUAGUUCCCACAUAAAAUUCACAGCAUAUAGCUACCCUGACAGAACCUCUCGAUUUGUGUAUUGGAUUACAAAUCCAAAGAUGUUCGGAUCUUGGAAUAAGGAACUGGUGAGAAACACCGCUAAAUUAGAUAAUUAUGACACUGUACUGUUGAUAAUUGCACCUACCGGUCAUCGUUGGUUAUUUUUUAUAUUCAUUUUUUAUCAGAUAGUGGCCUUGGCCAACAGCAUCUCGUUUUUUAUUUCCUCUUCAACUGUCUAAUUAUGAAUUAUCACUAUUCCUCAACCUAAGAUAAAGGUUGAAAUAAUUUUUGACCAACCUUCCUAGCUGGCUACUAUGAGGGAAAGGGCCACUCAUUACCCUGGAAAAAAGAAACAGAGAUGAACGCAUUUCUUCCUACAAGUUAUAGUGGUGCAAAGCACAUUCUUGCAAAAGUAAAUUAUAAAUCGUCACUCUUCGUUUCAUGGUCAUAGAUUGUGGAUUUUGGAGAGAGUGGACCCCUCCGAUGCUCACGCUGCAAAGGGUAUAUAAACCCUUUCAUGAAGUUCAUUGAUCAAGGAAGGAGUUUCAUCUGUAAUUUAUGUGGUACGCGUCAUCAGACCCAGAGAGUUUCGCUUAUUUUUUUCUUAAUGUGUUGUGGAUUCUGUCUCUAAAAUGGGAAACUUAUGAUGUAUUUAAAAAUGAUGCAUUUUCGGAUGGGUACUAGUACAUAUUUGUGUGAGGUAUUGGUGCCAUUCUUAUAUUUAUUGUUCUUGGUAUGUUUCACAUUUUUAAAUGGUUCUUCCUUUGUGUUGAAAUAUUGAUAUUAUAUUCCAUUUUUUAAGAUUUUUAUAGCAUAGAUGAUGAGUGAAAUUCAAUUUUCAAUUAGGAUGUCACUAGGCAUGCUAGCCCGAAAUCCUUCACUACCCUUUCAUGAAUUCGUAUGUGUUAAGUCGUUUCUUAUUCAGUUUUGAUUGGCAGGAUGUACCAAUGAAACUCCUCGAGACUACUAUUGUAAUCUGGGACCAGAUGGCAGGCGUCAUGAUGCUGAUGAGAGGCCUGAGCUAUGUAGAGGUUCAGUUGAAUUUGUUGCAACUAAAGAAUUCAUGGUCAGUGAAAACAAUGCCUUGUGCGUCAUAGAUAGUAAAAUGCCUAUAAUAUGGAUUUAAAGGCUAUGGCUUAGUUCUUAAUACACAGGAAUCAGUGUGAGAUUGGGUUUAUCCUCUAAAUUCAACGUGAUGAUGAAGUACUGAUAUAAAAUAUAUGAUAAAAAAAUGAUGAUACGAAAGUACUAAUGAAAACUGAGGGAAAUAAAAAAUUUUAUUUUGUAUCCUUAUAUACUAUUUUAUUCCCUGGGAAACCUAAAUUCAGGUUGGAAUCAUAUUCUGCUGGCAACAACCAGGAACACUUGUGACAGGAAUAAGUGUUCCCGUGUUUGCAUUAAUGUAAUAUAGUUCGUUCAUGCAUUCUCCACACUGCUUUUGGCUUUGCCCUUGUAUCUAUAACUUCUGGUUUUUUCCACAUUUUCUUCCACUUGUAACUAUUUUCCAAUCACCGUCCUCUGAUUUAGAUUAUUGUUAAGGGAAUUGAUUCGUUAGAGACCACCCGGUUAGGGAACCUCCAAUGAGAUGAACGAAAUCUGGGAGGAACCUCGUUCUGGAAAAAAAAUUAACUGUCCCUUUAAGUUUCAAUACGUCAUCUGAUAAAUCAGGAUAUCAGUUAGUCGGAACACUGUACAGUAGGAUGCUUGGAAAGCCUGAAAAAUAUCUCCUUUGCUUUUAGAUUGUGGUCUAGUCCCAAAUUCACAUGCUUCUGUCUAUCCAUAUGUUGAUCAAAAUUCUAUUUUUAAAAUUAAUCGAUAUUAGCUCAAAUCAUGUUGUUGUUCAAAACUUAGGCUAUAGCUUGAAUAUAUACUUCUGUCAAAAUGCAGAGAGAAAUCAGUUGGCUUAAACACCUUUCAGCGAGAAUUUUUGUUAUCACUUAUAUAUGGAAAUUCAUUGAAUUCAUGGAAUUGGAAAAAUGGGAACACUUCUGUGUUAUUAGAUAAAAACAUUUCCAUUUUCUUGCUUUAUUUGAUGGACACGUAUAUUUGCAGGUCCGUGACCCAAUGCCUGCAGUUUUCUUCUUCCUCAUUGAUGUAUCAAUGAAUGCUGUUGAAACUGGUGCAGCUGCUGCAGCUUGUAGUGCAGUUAGUCAAGCCAUUGCAGAUCUUCCUGUAAGUUGGUUCUCAUGCUCUUUUGAAACACAGGACUUCUGAAAAUUUUCGCUUGGAUUUUCUAGGCACCCUACUAACCCAGGUAUUUUUAGGCUCGCUGAUGAACAUUGCUGAUACCUAUGGUUUUUUUUUUCUCCUUAAUUCUCUCAACUUGAGAGUCGGUAGGUUUCAACUCUUUUCUGUCUUUCAAGAUCUAUCCUUCCAAAUUUCUCCAUGACCACUCUUGGUUAAGAUCUUUAUACGUCUUUUUAUUUCUUAAAAUAAAAAUUAAAAUAUGAUUUUUUACGAUAUUUUUUUGAUUGAACAGCUCAAAUAUUUCGUGUUAGAAUAUUCGUUUUCAAGUCAACGUGGAUUGAUCCCUAAAUCUUUUAUGAAUGGUCGUAAGUUGUCCAAACUUUGAUUGUUCCUCGGUAAAUAAAAGAAGAGAAAAUUUGUAGAUGGCUUAUGAUUGCUUGAACCUACUAUGUGAUCAUUGAAGCCUCCUUGUAGUUCCCCUUCUCUGAAAACGAACCUCCCUUCAGGGAAAGAAUUAUCAGUAUCUUAUCGAGGGAUGUAUGUGCUUGGGAAAAACUUUUGGGUUGUUAAUUAUAGCGUUAAAUGAAGAACUAAUAAAAAUUUAUAAGACAUUUUAUACCGAAUGGAGUUAUAUGUUUGACGAGGAGGGCACCAUGAUUUGAGACCAGAUUUAUCUUUUUAAAUUAAUAUUAAACUUUAUUUGAUUACUCAGCAUGGACAUUGUUGGGAGGAGAAUUGGAGCUUAAAUUUAAACGAAGCACGAGGUACAGUAUGAUCUGAGAGUGUAAAAAAUCGAAGGGCAUGUGUGUCCCUGAUAACAGUAUGUUCUGAUUAUUGGAUAGGUAUAAAUGUACGAAUAUAAUAAAUUCAUGCCUCGGGCAUACUCCGAUGCCCAAUCAGGUUACGCGGUCGUGUGUCUAAAAACUGACAUGUGCCAAAAAAGAGAAGAUCCUAUUUAAAUGUGUAAAAAUGUGACGAAUGGAAAUAAUAUCCCACCAUUUAUAUUUUCUUGAAUAUUUACUUUUGGGCUUGAAUCCACUUCCCACACAUAAAAUGCGACAUUUUCUGUUUGUAUAUUAUACGCUUUAUCGAAUUUUUUUACUUGAUUUGAUGUUUUUUUCCUCUCUAUAGGAAGGUCCGCAAACAUUGGUUGGGAUAGCAACAUUCGACUCCACUAUUCAUUUCUACAACUUAAAAAGGAAUGUACAACAGGUAUUUUAUCCUGGCUACAAAGUAGCUAAUUUGUGGUCCCAUUGUAAAUAUCAGGUUUUCAGUCAGAUGAAAUGGGUUUUAGAAUGUACAUUCAUAGAUUUCAUCGUGUACUUUUAUUCUGCAAUGUAAAUUAAACAUGACCAUUACAUUUGUCAUGAACAGUGGCCCAAGCCCUAGGAGGAUAUGCAGUGGAAAAAUUCCUAUUCACAUCAUUGAUGGCUGUUAUUAAGAACAACCAGGCCACAAAACAAGGAAAACAUCUAUCAACUAGAAAACCAACAAAAUAGGUAGCGAACAAACAAACUAGUCAACGGUCCAACUAAGAACCGAACUCCUAAGUAGACGUUCUUUUCCACAAAAUUGUCAAUUUUGUUCAACGACGCUUCAGUUUGUUAGGAGUUUUUUUUUUUCUGAUUAGUUAUUUUCUUACUUGGAAUAGCCUUUAUUGAUUUUUAUUUCUUUUUUACUUUUUCUAGUAUUCUGAAAAGCACUUCCUUUAUUUGGCCUCUAGUACUAUGACAGAUAUUUGAUAGUUUUAAAUCUCACCAUACUUUUUUUACCACAUAAUAAUGCUUAUGGUUCAAAACUGAGAAUAUGUUAUCUGGCUUCAGCCUGUUCAUUUAGUGUACACUUUUUUCAAAAUCAAUGUUGAGGACCCUGUAAUAAGUAUAACUAAUCCAUAUUACGUUUCUCAUUCUGAUUUCAGCCAUUGAUGCUCAUUGUUCCGGAUGUAGAAGACCUCUAUACUCCUCUUCAUUCUGAAAUCAUUGUUCAGCUUCCUGAGGUUGGGUAUUUUGCAAUAUUGUUUCGCUUCUACGUAAUAUUGAUGAACUUAUGUUGCCAUAUUCAACUUUAUUUACAAAAUAAGUAACUAAUAUGUUUUUUUGAGAAUGUAGUGCCGUCAGCGUUUGGAACAAUUACUAGAGAACAUUCCAACCGUUUUUGAGAAGAACAGAAUAGCUGAAUCUGCUUUUGGUGCCGCAAUCAAGGUUAUUCUUCGAUCAAAAGUUUUCUAAUAAAAACUUAUUGGGAAUUGACCACUUAGAAAGGCUAGCUUUAUUAUUUAUUUUUGAGAUUUGAACGCAGCAGGGGCACGCCUGGAGAAUUUCUAUUGAUAACGAAAAUGCCUGAAAGAUGAGCCUUGAUAUCGAAAGACUUCUUUCUAAUUUCCUUUUUCUGGGGACCUUUUCUUUGACUUAUAUUUCAGGCUUCUUUUCUUGCAUUGAAGCCCACUGGUGGGAAGUUGCUUGUAUUUCAGUCAGGUGAACACCAUUGUUUCUUUUUCCCUUUUCCUCUACUUAGAACGUCGUACAGCUAAAGUAUAUAAUUCCAUUUAUAAGUUUUUUACAGUUGGCAAAUCAUAGCCAAUUCAGUAAUUAAAAAAAUUUACUUGCGAUACAGUUUUUUCAUUAUACUCCGAAAGUGUGUUGAUAAUAUCUUUAUCGAAAAGUUUGAUAAUGAUAAGCACAAUAGGGAAUAUUUAAAUGUAAUACUGCUGGAUGAAGAUUUACAUUGACUAUGAACAAAAGUUAACCUACUUUUACUAGACACUGAUUAUGAACUCGUUGUUCCUUGUUAGUUUUUUACCACGUAAAGUUGAAGAUAUUCUCAAAUUUUUAAUUAGCUUGUCUUUAGGUUUAUUGAUAUAUUGCUCUCAACUUGUCUUCUCCUACUGUAAAAGUGCCUUCAAACGAAGAGAGAAAGGCAUAACACCAAGAAAACCUUAUGUGUCGUGAAAGAGAAGAGAAGAGAAGACGCCCCAAAAAGCUUAGGAUGAACUGUGGAGAGAAUCUCUAUCUACUCCUCGCAUUCGUCCUAAAGAUAUUCGAAACUUAAUAAACUAGUUGGCCCAAACAGAAUGGGAGAUGUAAUCAGCCCAGAUAUAGAAAUCACUACCAUCUCUACCAAGUAUCUUUUGCAUCUGAAGAUCCAGCUGUCCAUGUAUUACAAGAGCCCCAAAAACUAGCCUUGUGAUAUCCAUUUUGAUGUGUUAGAGAGAAGAGAAAAGCAACUGAAUAGUGCACCCAUCUUGCUCUACUUAUCCAUAUGCAGCAAUGCUGCGACUUUGGGAUUAUUAUGGCAGCAGUGCAGAAGUAGCUGUUAAGCCAUGGUUCAGCAUAGAUUCUCAAGAAGGCAUUGUUAACAUCGAUCUACACUUUAUGGACAACUUCCAUCCAGCUGCGUGCCAGUUCACAAAGACCUUGUCCUUUUUAUGCUAGGUGUUUUCGUGUUUGCGUGUAUCAUAUAUAAUUUCAAAUAGAUCGUGUCUUGUCCAUAAUAUUAGAUAUAGGACGUCCAUGUUGUUGAGGGCUGAACCACUUAGGUGAAAUGAAUUUUGAUAUUUGAACAUGUACAACCAUUCAUGCAAAUUUUACAAUGAUGUAAAGGUUUUGCAGAUUCCAAGUUCUAAAUUUGAUUUUCCAUCGUCUGUCCAUCUUGUCUUAAGAUAGUUGAAUCAAGCAUCGGAAUUUUCUUAUUGCUAUGUUUUUAUCUUCCAGUCUUGCCAUCAGUUGGAAUAGGAUCUCUUGCUGUUAGAGAAGCUGAAGGAAGGGCAAACGUCUCUUCAAGUAACAACGUAUGUUGCAUUGUUGAAAACUAUUUUAUUUUAUUAAUUCUGUCUCGCAAAAAUUUUCUUUUUCGAAUUCUGUCUACUUUCAUUAUUUAUUGAACUGGGUACUCGUUUGGGUCUAGUUACUGCUCUCUUUUUUAUAUCAUUUUCAUAUCAACCGUUAUAACUAUGUCGAGCAUCACCCUCGCCUUCCAACCGAAAUCUGAUUGCGCAGAUCAUACCCAGUGUAAGCCUGUCUUCCGACGUCCAUGUGAAAUCCCAUGCAUAAUCUCUCUCUCUCUCUCUCUCCCUCCCUCUCUCUCCCUCUCUCGCUCCUGUACAUUGAGGAAAGACAAAUACUGGCAAGAAGUCAGGUAAAUAGAAGAGUAUGAAUUUUUUUUGAAAAAAAAUAAGUGAAGGGUGAAUCCUAGAGAUAGCUCAAAAACAAGAGAAUUAUCAAUGCAGAAAUGAGGAUCUUCCCAAUUUCUUAUAGAAACUUCUCAUGUACCCAUGAUUGAAGUAUUUUACUGAUAUUCUCUUCUAACGCCCAACUGAAUGCAGCUUCAUCAUUCUCAUAGUGUAUAUUAGAAUUUUCAGGCUUCCCAGAGGUUGCUCCAACCAAUAGACGAUACUCUAAAAGUUAUGGCACAAGAGCUUGCAGAAUUUCAGGUGAGAUAUUUGAAUUAUUAUCGAAGUAGAUGCUCAUUUUUUGCCUCUCAUUUGGCAUCAUUUUUUGUCCAUAAAGUGGUCCAUAGUUUAUCUCUCUCUGACAUGCUUUCAGGUUUGCGUGGAUAUUUUCGUUACGACCCAAACGUAUAUAGACAUUGCUUCCAUCUCGGUUAUCCCACGGACUACAGGUGGAAAGGUAGCAUUGAGAUUUCUUUUCACUAUAACUUGAUUAGUACACUCAAGCUCUUCCUGGGCCAUAUUCUGUCUUCCCUUUCUGUUCAAUUUCAGCCGUGUAGUUUUUACAGGAUAUUAUUUUAUAUCCAAUACAUCAUUUCAUCCAUUCCUUCUGCAACUAGGAUUUCACCAGUCUGACGAUCAAUAUUCUUCCCUUCCAUAUUGAUCGCCAGAGAGUUUUUUAGAUCAGGUAGCUGAAAUUUUAGUUAAAUUUAAUUUAUUUACGUGCCUAAUUUCCAGAAAUGACUCUCGGCAGGUAAAAAAAUGUCACAUUAACCUUAAAGAAGCAAGCGAAAACGAUUUUAUCUUUCACGAUUUGUAAUCCAUAUAUUCUGAAUAUCUUUCUUUUCCAUCCAGUUUUCUUUCUUUAUGCAAUGUCACUGAUAUCACAAUUUACACAAAUCAAGACGUUAAACUGAGUAUUCUGUCCUUUCAUCCAAUUUUUCUUCUUUAUGCAGUAUUACUGGAAUCAUGCUUGUUUUUGUAGGUGUAUCAAUACUAUCCAUUUUCUGCUCUUUCGGAUUCUGUGAAGCUUUAUAAUGAUCUUAGGUGGAACAUCACUAGGCCUCAAGGUUUUGAGGGUGUAAUGCGUGUAAGAUGCAGCCAGGUAACGUGUCUCGUCUUCUUUACUUACUAUUACCAUUGCACAUUUCAUCACCCAUUUUCUGGGUCUUGAAAGUCCGUGUACUCAUUCACCAUAUUUCGUGUAGGGACUUCAAGUUCAGGAGUAUUAUGGAAACUUUUGUAAGCGUAAUCCUGUCGAUAUUGAUCUACCUGCGGUGCGUCCUGCAUGAUAAAAUCUCUUUCUCAAUUUGUGUUUUAGUAGUGAUAUUGAUAUCUAUGAAGUUUUUUGAUCGACUAUCUACAAUGAUGCUUCCCAAAAUGUCUGUAUUUUUCGAACAAAGGUGGAAAUCUUUUAAAUUUCUGUAAUAUCAGGGUACCCUUUUCCAUUGUUGAGGCAAUCCUCCCAGGCACUUGAGUGACUCUAAAAACACAUCAUGGAAAUGAUAGUCUAUUUUCUAUACGGUUGUCAACUUUGUUUUAUUUUCUUAUAGAACUUUGGAAAAUUGCAGAUAGACUGCGAUAAAUCGAUUCUAGUCACUUUCAAGCACGAUGGCAGGUUACAAGAGGGCACUGAGUGUUCUUUUCAGGUACAUCUUUUCAAGUACUGAGUGUUCUUGAUGGAUAUUUUUUCCUUCUUUGUCUAAUUGAAUUCUUUUUAUUUUGAUUUGUAGUGUGCACUUCUCUACACGACUGUUUAUGGCCAAAGAAGAAUUCGAGUUAUCAAUCUAUCACUUCCCUGCACUAAACUGCUCAGCGAUCUGUUUCGUUCACCUGAUCUGGACACUCUAUUUGCAUGCUUCCUGAAGCAAGGUGCAGUCCAUUUUUAUGCAUUGUUAUGCGCCAUUUUGCCUUUUUCUUGUGCAUCUUUCCAUUUUCUAUGAAGCAUCUUACUCAUUUAAACGUUGUCCUGUUCUUCCAUUUAGCUGCAAAUGGAAUCCCGAGCAGCUCGCUUUCUAAGGUUCGAGAGCAGAUGACUAAUUUUUGUAUCAACAUCUUAUAUUCUUAUCGAAAGUUUUGUGCGGCUGUGCCGUCAUCCGGACAGUUGAUUCUCCCUGAAGCCCUCAAACUUUUGCCUUUAUAUACACUAGGUACGCCCUCCUUCCCUUGCAUUUCUAUUUAUUUUUCAACAAAUGUGUCACAUUAACAUAUGUUGAACUGCUGAGAUUUGUUUCUGAAUCAGUUUGCUUUGUAAAAUAUUGGAGCGAAAUUUGUUUCUGAAUCUUCAUCUGCUUUGUAAAAUAUGGGAGCGAAAAUUCAUGCUUCAUCUGUUGGAGUAAAAUUCUUGUCAUUGAGCUCAUCUUCCCUUAAAUAAAGAUCAAUGGGUACGAAAUACAGUGAAAGAUUGGCAUCUCUAGGCUGGAAUUGUCAAAUUUCUAUUGGCAGGGUAGAACUAGCGGUCAGUUUAGGAACUUGAUCAAAUUUAAUGGUAGUAUAUGUUUUUCCAAUGGCAUUCAAAAAAAAAAAAAUGUGAAAAAUGAUAAAUACUUAGAACAUGAAAUCCUUUAAAAGCUCGGAUGAAUACUCUGAAAGUGGUCGUUGCGUGUGAAAUCAUACUCUGAGCUACCGUUGAAUUGCAUUUUCUCUCACUGAGAGGCAGGAUUCACAAAAGGCUGCGAGACUUGAGGUUUACUGCUAGUGUCGAGAGAUGCAGAUUUAUUUAUGAGAUAUAUUCUCCACUUUUUUAUUUUCUAUUUAUCUUUCCGUUCCCUGCCUCCAGCACUCAUAAAAAGCAUCGGAUUGCGGACUGAAGGGCGAUCAGAUGACCGGUCAUAUUGGAUAAAUCAUGCUGCAUCUCUCUCUAUAGCGUUGACCAUUCCCCUCGUGUAUCCUAGAAUGCUGGCUGUUCUUGAUCUUGCAUCAAAGGUAUAUGAAAACCUCCCUGAGAGGGUUCCAAGAUAGGGAGCUAUUGUCAUUGCAAUUAAGCGAAAAAAAUAAAAUAUAAUCAUGUUUUAAUUCUUCAGGAACAUGGUGGAUCCAUCAUCCCCUCUCCGAUUCCCCUCUCCAGUGCUCAUAUUACCGAUGAUGGAAUCUACCUCCUGGAAAAUGGGGAAGAUGCUUUGAUCUACGUCGGAAAUACAGUGAACCCAGAUAUAUUACAACAAGUAUUUGGAUCCCACUCCAUCGACCAUAUCCCAAUGCCGGUAAAAAUUUAUGGGCCCCUUUUAUUUCUCCCCUACCAUCAGCUCCUCUGCAUUUCUAGUUUAUAUUUACUGAGAUCAAACUAUCAUAUAUAUGCUGCAUGUAUGUACCUUUCUAAUCUCCAAGAUUUACUUCUGUCAAUCUUGCUGGUUGGGUAUGCUGGAGAAUGGCAGAUUUCCCUUUCACUAGAUGAUCUCUCAAGAACGGUCGUGAAUCUGCCUUCCUAGGUGUCGUUACCUGAUUGGCUGGUGCUUUAAUUAAUCAUAGAAGAUAUGCUUUCUCCUUCAUGUGUUUAAAAGUAUCUCACACUUUGUAGUGGAUUAGAUCCUGUAGAUGAAUGGCACCAAAGAGCUGAAAUGUUUUUAGAUGAAAUAAAUUAUUUUCGAGUGGAAAUAUUUAUCAUGAAACUGUUCACUUGGGUUGUUCAGAAAUGUUCACAACCCUGAUUUAGAGUUUCUGAUUUGAAUGAAUCAACGGGUGAAAAUAUAGAAUGAGAAAAUUAAUAUCGGUGUUGUGCUCCAAUCUUCUGCAGUUUACACUACAGAAGUAUGACAACGAUCUAUCUAAGAGACUGAAUGAUGUUGUCGAUGAGAUACGACGCCAGAGAAGUUCUUAUCUACGGUAUCUUCUUCUCUCCGAUGCUAAAACUAAAGAGUUUCUUCGAGGUCUUCAUACUGCUUAAAGCAGCUGCCCUCGACUUGACUGACUUCUCAUUUUUCCUUCCUCUCUACAGCAUGCAGCUAUGUAGAAAAGGAGAUCCCUCAGGUCGGUCCUCUCUCUUUCUCUCUUUCUUUCUCUCUCUCUCUCUUCUCUCUCUAUGAGAGAGAGAGGGAGAUAUUUUCAUCGAUUGAGCAUUUGGUGGGUUAAACUACCUAUGAAUUCCAUUUUUGUUAUGCUAAAGUUGACACAAAAUAACAAAACUGGUUUAUCUUAGCAACUUACAGCGUCAUAUUAGACUCCAUGAACCAGAUAUCUCCUUAAAGACAUUAUAAAAUGCAGGUGCACUGUUCUUCUCAUACCUGAUCGAAGAGAAGACCCCCGAGGGCCUUUCCUACGUGGAGUUCCUCGUCCACAUUCAUCAGCAAAUCCAAACUAAAAUGGCCUGA